GAGGAAAUGAAGAAAGCCGAGGAUGCCCGAAGUUGGCCGAAAUACACUAGCAGAUAUACCGAUUAAGCCUUUGCCUGUAUCCUACGCAACUGGGCGUAGAGAGAGAAAGUGACAUUUUAAAGUUUAAUCAUCUCUGGUUUGCGUCAAACAGAAGAAGAAACCUUGCGCCUUUGCGUCGUUAAGGCCUACAUCAUGAGUGGACUACGCUUGUUCCUGGGUUUAAUGCUGAUGUUUAUUGUGAACACCAAUGCAGUCUUCAGAAUUCCCUUGCACAAGAUGCGCACCGUCCGUCGGACGCUUGCCGAUAAGGGCCUGACCAUAGACGAGCUGAAGUCGAUGGCAGAAAACUUCGGGGAUCUUCCGUGGAAGGGCAACUCCAACAGCAAGACAACAACAGGUGCCCCCACGACACGGAUCCCGAUUACGACUCCACCUCCCCCCGUGGAAAAACUCACCAACUUCAUGGAUGCCCAGUACUUCGGCGUGAUCAGCAUUGGUACGCCCCCUCAGGAGUUCACGGUGCUUUUCGAUACCGGCUCCUCUAACCUGUGGGUGCCUUCGAUUCACUGCUCAUUCUUUGAUCUGGCCUGCUGGUUACACCAUCGUUAUAACUCUAAGAAGUCUAGCACGUAUGUGCAGAAUGGCACCAAGUUUUCCCUCCGGUAUGGUAGGGGCAGCCUGUCAGGCUUCAUCAGUCAGGACACGGUUAAUCUGGCAGGUUUGAAUGUGACAGGGCAGCAGUUUGGUGAGGCGGUACAGCAGCCUGGUGUCGUGUUUGCUGUGGCUCGGUUUGACGGGGUGCUUGGCAUGGGCUACCCUGCUAUCUCCGUGGACGCGGUGCGGCCCGUGUUUGAUUCGGCCAUGGCUGCCAAGCUCCUGCCUCGCAACAUCUUCUCCUUCUACAUCAACAGGGACCCUGCAGCAGAGAUCGGGGGUGAACUCAUGCUAGGUGGCUUUGAUCAGCAGUACUUCGAUGGAGACCUUCACUAUGUUAACGUCACUCGCAAGGCCUACUGGCAGAUCCAGAUGGAUGCAGUUCAGGUAGGCACCACCUUGACACUCUGCAAAGGUGGUUGCCAGGCAAUUGUUGACACGGGAACAUCCCUCAUCACGGGUCCAGUUCAGGAGAUCCGGGCACUGCACAGAACCAUCGGGGCCAUUCCUCUACUAAUGGGAGAGUACUGGAUUGACUGCAAGAAAAUUCCUUCUCUCCCUGUGAUCUCUGUGACUCUGGGAGGGAAGGCAUUCAACCUGACAGGAAAUGACUAUGUUUUGAAGACAACCCACAUGGGCAUAAGUAUCUGCCUGUCUGGCUUUAUGGCGAUGGAUAUUCCGCCACCUGCUGGCCCCCUCUGGAUCCUGGGGGACGUCUUCAUCGGGCGCUACUACACUGUCUUCGACAGGGACUAUGACCGAGUAGGGUUCGCUCUUUCCAAGUGAACAGGGGAAUGUCAGGAACCUGGAUUCCAAAAGCCCAACAAUGACCCGUGGUUUCCUGUCCUUUGCUUCCUCAUGUAUUAAUUCUAACCCGGGUAGAUCUAAACUUUUCUAUAACCCUUCUGUGGCCUUCUUGUCAAAGGCCAAGUUACUGUCAUAUUAAAAACUGUCCUAUCAAAACAGAGUUUGUCCAGUAAAAGGCUGGAUAGCUGUGUGACUGGAGAGGACUCAGGAAAGCUAAACGAUCAAGGCAAAGUGUUUUGUCCAAACUACUGGUCAAGUGUGCAGUCUUCAAUUUGGGGGAAUUUUUUUAUCUUUUAUAUUUUUAUCAAGAAAUUUGUAGAAAGUUGAGAAAUGGUAUAAGAACAAAUAGUUACUUGGAAUGUCACAUGACUGCACUGUUUUCUAAUUUGAUAGAUUUGACUGAUCAUGACUUUUACAGAAUCAAGUCUGAUUGAAUAUUUUCUUUUGCACCUUUGUUAUCAUUCCAGCCACUUUUGAAUACUGAUAACAUGAUUUGCACUGAAAUGGCUUUCUGGUCUGAAAUCUAAAUAAAUGUUUUAAUAUUGAGA